AUGGAAAAUGUAAAUGUAAAAUGGGUAUCACAAGUAUUUAACAAUAUCACGCUUGACACCGAUGAGCCCACAAUAGUAUUCAAAGCACAAUUGAUGACUUUGACCAAUGUGUGUGUUGAACGACAGAAACUUAUUAUUAAAGGAAAACUUAUUGAAGAUGAUUGGGAGGAUAUCAAAGUUAUAGAUGGGCAGACGAUUAUUUUGCUCGGACAGGCAGGAGAUGUUGCCCCACUAAAUCCGUGUACUGUUAAUUCUAAAAGUGAUUCUCCUGCCAAAAUAGCGCCUCCAUCAGAAGAAAAAUCAGAUUUCAGUGCGUCAUAUUUAGCAUUCAACAAACUUAGAAAUAGACAUCAUGAGUGCCUAUGGGCUAUUCCAGAAAUAAUUGAAGCCCUCUCUUUCAAUGUUGGAAAAUUGCCAAUGCUACCUCUAAUUUACAAGGAAGUGUCGCUUUUUUGUGAAACCAAGCCUAAAGAAUCAAAUAUUUAUAAUCAACUUUUAGAAAGUAAUUUUGUGUUGUAA